CUCACUCUGUCUCUAUCUCUGUCUCUUAGCCCCUCUUGAUUGAUUACUGUCGGGUUUGUUUUUGUUUUAAGUGAGUAGCAAAAACUUUGGGUUCUCAUUAUAGUUGUGCUGUUAUAGCUAAGUACAUAUUACAGUCUUACAAAAAUUUCAUAGAAAGCUGCAGUCUUUGACAUCAAAAGCUGUGUGUUAAAGAAAAGAAAACUAAAGAAGCUGUAAAAAAGAGAAUGGGUUAGGCUAAAAUUACAGAUGCCUUUGCCCUUUUAUAGAGUCUACUAGUUUUGUUUUUCUGGUAAUGGAAUUUGCAAAGUUGGAUGGCUGCAGUGACUUUUGGGAGAGACAACAACAACAACAACAGCAACAGUAUCAGAUUUUACUACAGAAGAAGAAUCAGAAAUAGUAACACAAAACAGAUUACAACAUCAAAAGCUGGAACAUCAAAAGCACAACAACAAGGUUCUGAGUCUGGAUCCUCAGAGGAAGAAUCAGUAUCACCCUUUUCAAAACCAAAAUGUAGAAGAACAAGAACAAGAAGAGGAAGAAGAAGAAGAAGAGAAACACCAAUAUCAAGAACAAGUUUUUCAUGCAAAUCAUCACUUGCACAACCAUUUUCAACAACCCCAUGAACUAUUUUCAUUACACCAUAAUCAUUUUCUCUAUCAAAACUUAGAUAGUACUCAACAACAACAACCCCAACAAACACAAAACCCAAAGCAACCCAAGAAAAGGUCUUAUAUUUCUUCUUCUUCCUCAACCCAAAAGAAAAAUCUUGAACAUGCAAAACUGGGAGAAAAAAUGGGAACAUCAUCAAGAUUUGGAUUGAGAAAUACUGGUGGAGAGAUUGUUGAAGUUCAAGGUGGGCAUAUUAUUAGGUCUAUAGGGAGAAAAGACAGACACAGCAAAGUCUGUACAGCUAAAGGACCAAGAGACCGACGUGUACGCCUCUCUGCUCAUACUGCUAUUCAGUUCUAUGAUGUUCAAGAUCGACUUGGCUAUGACCGUCCUAGUAAAGCUGUUGAUUGGCUCAUUAAAAAGGCUCAAGCUGCCAUUGAUGAGUUAGAAGAAUUGCCACCCUGGAAACCAACCACUGGUCCUAUAGCAAAUUUUGAUCAAGAAAAGAAGGAGCAAAAAGAAAACUUUGGCACCCAACAAAAUGAUGUUAAUGUUAAUAUUGGUGGGUCUUCAAGUAAAAGGGCAAUGAUAAUGCUGGGAAAUGAAAGUGAGGCUAGAGUUUUACACCAAACCAAUAGUGGUAACUCAAGUGGUGACAAUGCAAAUGCUAGCUUUUUGCCUCAAUCUUUAGAUUCAGAUAUCAUUGCUGACACUAUUAAGUCUUUUUUCCCUGUGGGUGGUUCAAAUGAAAGCACUUCUUCUUCAGCUAUGCAGUUCCAGAGCUUUCAAGAACACAAUUUACUGGCAAGAACCAGUAGCCACAGUCAAGAUUUGAGGCUCUCAUUACAAUCUUUUCAAGAUCCUAUUUUGCUUCACCAGCAACAAGCUCAGCACCAUAAUAACCCCAGAAAUCACACAGAAGAAGAACAAACUCAUUUUCAAGCAUCAAAUUUCUUUAAUGGAAGCACCCCACAUGGGUUUGAUGCUUCAGGCUGGUCUGUGUCUGAGCAUCAGCAGCAGCCAGUGGAACAGAGACUGGCUGCUGCGCGUGCCGGUGGGGACUCCACUGGCAUCUCUUUUUGUGGCGGGGCAGUUGCAGGAGCUGCAGGCGGGUACUUGUUUAACUCGCCUCCUGCCCCGCCACUGCUACAACAGUUGUUCGGCCAAAAUCAGUUUUUUUCUCAGAGGGGACCCCUUCAGUCCAGUUACUCACCUUCGAUUCGUGCAUGGAUAGACCCAUCAGCGAUUGCUAUUGCUACAGCUGAUCCAAUUCAUCACCAUCAAGCUGUGCUACCUAUGUAUUCAACAUCAAUAUCUGGUAUUGGAUUUGCCUCAGAAUUAGGCGGAUUCUCUGGCUUUCGUAUUCCUGCACGAAUCCAAGGUGAAAUUGAGGAGCAUGAUGGCAUUUCCGACAAGCCAUCCUCUGCUUCCUCUGAUUCUCGCCAUUGAAUUAGCUCGAGAAAUGCUCUCCCUCUGAUUGCCUGACAGGAACAAGUACUAUACUUCAAAUGGAAAUGGCAAAGGAAGGGCAAUGGUUCGUCGUCGAGUUUGAUUCAGUGGCAAUGCACCGCGGAAGAAGAAUCCUGAGUAAGUUUCAGGUUUUUUAAUCUUGGUGUAAUGUUCUAUCUUAGUUGAUUUGUGUUCUAGACUUUUUCAUGUAUAAGUGUGUUUUUCAGCUCAACUGCUAGUUUAGGAUUGCCUAUUUCUGUUUACCAGACUUAUCAAGUUGUUGUUUGUUGGCUUAUUAACUUCAGUUGAUGAAUUAGAGAUUUUCAUGCUAGAACUAGUAAUUUUCUGUUAAAUAAAAUAUCUUUUUGAGGAUUAA